AUGAAGGAAUCCAGCAGCAGAGAUCAGGGGAAGAAGUCAGACACAGAAGUUGUCGGAGCUCGUCUCUGCGACGAAGCAGACACAGAUCAAAUGGCCAAGGCCACAGAUAGCAGUACAAGCAAGCAGGUAACUACUCAAGAUGAUGAGGAACGCCACGCUCUGAUGCAAGUAGCGUUGGAAAUUAAUGAAGCAGACAAACUGAGCAAGAACACUCCAAAUGAUAGUAAUAAUGCCGCCGCACAAACCCUAGUCUGUCAAGGAAUUCCUUCCACAAACAGUCAUGCUAGUGUCAAACAUGUACCGGUACAAGGAGAGAGUACACCACAAAACCAACAAGACGAUAUCCAGCCAAUAAUGUUGAGGCGAACCAUCCCCUAUCAAAGACAACUAGAAUCUCAACCGGGAGCCUUCUCGGGAGCGCCAGGAACAGGAAACUUGGAACGCACCACUACUUUGGAUUAUGCCCUUCUUGAGGCUCAACGCCAACCCAAUAAUGCCACAUCAGACACCACCACCACCACCACCAACAACAACAACAACAACGCAACAGGUAACCAACAGUUGGCGGUGGCAAACAUGGUUGUAGAAGAGGGGCAAAUGAUUACAUCGGCAGAUCCCGUCAACCUACAACAAAUUCAACAAAGAGAGCAAAACCGAAAGGCGAAAGAGAAGCUGUUUGUUGCAGCUAUGAUUUGGUUGUGCCUUGUUGCUACCAUUAUUAUUGGGUUUGUGGCUGGCUCCCAAAAGCAAAAAGAACCAGUGCUCAUUACCUCAACAGAGACGCCAACUGUAUAUGGAUCCAUGGAACCAUCGGAGGUUCCAUCCUUUGCCCCAACUGGGGUGCUGGAAGAACUGUUGGAUAAUCUAUCUGAUUACACUCUUGCCAGCAUCAACAAUAGCAGUGACACACCUCAGUGGAAGGCAUGGAACUGGCUUGCCAAUCACCAGAACAUCACAUACUUGCCAGAGUGGAGGAAAACUCAGCUCUUUGCUCUCGCAACCUUCUUCUAUUCCUUUCAGGGAGAACGCUGGAACCCUCUGAUCAAGGAACGUUGGAUGGAUUAUGAAAAGGACGAAUGUGAUUGGUUCUCCGGUGGGACUGGAUUUUUUCGUGAUGGAACCUUUAUAGCAGCACCUGAAGAAUUUGCAACCUUACCUUGCAACAGCCAAGGGCGAUUUACAAUUCUCCAUCUUUCAGGCCUCAAGGUUGAUGCAUUCCUGCCAGUUUUCCCGCCUGAAAUUACCCUCUUGACUACCUUGUCCCAGAUUAACUUCCGGAGUGAUACUAUUCGAUUUUCGGGAGCUUCAACACAUCCCACGCCAUUUUCUUCCCAGUUUCCAGAAGAAUUCUACAAGAUGCCAAGUUUGGAACUUCUGAGGAUUUCACUUGUCCACUGGACCGGCCAACUUCCCUCUGAGUUGGGACAACUGCCAGCUUUGACUCAUUUGCGAAUAUCUCUAAGUGAGUUGACUGGACCAAUCCCCUCCGAGCUGGGACAACUUUCAGCUCUGAAACAUCUGGAUUUAGUGCUGAUUGGCCUGUCUGAUCAAUUACCUUCAGAACUUCUUCAGUUGACUGCUUUGACCAAUCUACAAAUUACUGAUGUCACCGGCCAAAUACCCACCGAGCUCGGACAGCUUUCAGCUUUGCAAUGUCUGGUAUUGUCGUCCAGUGAGUUGUCUGGUCCAAUCCCUUCUCAGCUGGGACAAUUGACUGCUUUGACAACCUUGAGCUUGUACACCAAUCAGCUUACAGGGCUCAUUCCUUCUGAGCUUGGACUGUUGACUUCAUUGGGUUCUCUGAGUUUGCAAUUUAAUCAGCUUACAGGCCCUAUUCCUUCUGAGCUCUUUCAAAUGAUGGAUUUGAAAUCUUUAAUGUUAUCUCAUAAUCAGCUGACUGGCCAGAUUCCUUCUGGGCUUGUACUGUUGACAACGUUGGAAUCGGUGUGGUUGGGGGAGAAUCACCUGCAUGGGUCAAUCCCUUUGGAAAUUUUGCAAUUGACUGCUUUGAUAUUUUUACGCUUAGGUGGGAAUGAACUGCAUGGGCCAAUCCCUUUGGAAAUUGGGCGAUUGACUGCUUUGACUUUUUUAUUCUUGCAUGGGAAUCAACUGACUGGUCCGCUUCCCGACCUUCAACUGUUGACAAAUCUGAAAUACCUGCGACUUGACGAGAAUCAACUGACUGGCCAGCUUGCUUCUGAGCUUGGAAUGUUGACAAGAUUAGGUUGGCUUGAGGUGUCUGAGAAUCAGUUGUCUGGCCAGCUUCCUUCUGAACUUGGAAUGUUGACAAGCUGUACUCGGCUUGAGGUGUCUGAGAAUCAGCUGACUGGCCUGCUUCCUUCCGAGCUUGGAUUGUUGACAAAUUUUCGUGUUCUGAAUCUAACUGGCAAUCCUGGGUUAUCUGGCACUGUCCCUGAGGACCUCUGUUUCUUGCAGAAUGCUUCCUGUACAUUUACAUUUUUGUACCAGGAUGAGCAGUGCGUUCUUGGCUUUGAUUGUACCUCCGUGUUUUGUGGUUGUGAUUGUCCCUGUUUGAAUUGA